CAUAAUUUAUUUUGCAGACAUGAUUGAAACAGAAGAUAUCCGUUUAUCCCAAGAGCGUCUCGCCGCGCUAAAAGAGCUCAUCACACCCAUCAAAGAUCUGGCUAAGAACUGGAAUGUCGACAUAAACUUAGAGCUGGAAAAGUACAUGUCAACAUUUGAGCUAGAUGUCAAUCAUGCAGAUAACUUUGCAGAGGCAGCUCUUGUCAUUCAGGGUAGUGCUGGGGUAUGGAGCAAGAAGGUGGAAUUUCUAUACUCACUGGCUGUAGACUCCUUAGGAAUGUUGGAAGAAAAGGAGAAGAAAGUAAGAGGAAAGGGAGGAGGUGAUGAUGACAAUGAUGACAGUGAUGAAGAAGAAAUGAUGACACUGAUGCCUGUCGUCAUCAAAAGAGCUGCCCACGUUCAGGUUGAUCUCUGCUCUCUGGCUCGAUCUGAACAUUUCAAACGUCGGGUACCUCUCUUUCUGUCUGCAAUAUCAGUUAAAAAUGACAAGCCCGAAAACUUGCUCUACAACAAAAAGGGAGAACUUUUAGCCAGCAGAGACGAUUUUGCCAUAAACAACUGUAUCAUCAACAAGUCGGGGUUUGCUUCCCUUGACAUCCAGACAUGCUUACUCUUAAACCAGUCAAACAAGAAAACUGACAUAUUAACUCCUUUUUUCAAACGUCAUGUUUCACAGUUUGAUGGCUUUGUUAAUCAGAGAAAUUCUAAUCCUCAGUCAAUAAACCCUGCCGCAGCAGUUGAUGAAGUUAUGGAUACCCAGCCAGGAGAUGGUAACCCUGUUGAUGAGGGUCCACAAAAUCUUUUAGAGGAUGAUGAUGAGCUAGAUCCUGGAGGAGCUCUUGAUCUCUGUGAUGAUGAGACAGAUCACGAGGUGUCUGGUUUUCCCGAGAUUAAUGCUGUUAAUCACAGUAACCUUAAGCUUAAUGAACCUAAAACUCCACAACCGUCACAUUCCAUGCAGCUAAGAAAUAGUAUUAGCCAGGUUACUGCACCACAAGAAAAGACAGUAGAAAGUAAGAUUACAAAAACAUUGGAUCCCUACUCGGAGUUGCCUGUCAAACCCUUUAAAAAAGCGAUCAUUGAAAAGCCGAAAGUUUCUCGAAAGCGUAAGAAAGAAAACGCUCCAAAGACAUCUCUUAUGGCAUUACUUCAAUCAUCUCACAAAGCUAUGAGUAAAAAUGCUCGAUUUCCUAACUUAUUACGCAAACCUGAAUUUUCUGAAAACACUGAACUUUUUAAGAAUUUGAAAUCAAAAGAAGUAAAAUCAAAUAGACUGAUUCGUAAGAAACUAGCUGCAGCAUCUCAAAACCAGCCGUUGCCUGGUGACCUACUGAAACCUCCACUACCGGCAGAAUCCCCUGAUCUUGACUCUGAUGAUCCUGGCCCUGAGCCAGAUGAUGACUUCUGUGGAACUAUCUCAGAGAAUCCCAAUAUGGAAGAAGACCCUCUGAUCGAUCUUGAGACAUCACAUUUAGAAACACUUGAGGCAAGCCAACAAGAAGCCCUGAAACCACAGAUUGUACAGCCAUCUUACGAGGACAUGGUGAAGGAACAUGUAAUGAAGUACACAUCCGAAGCCAGGAACCAUUUCCACGUGUCUGAGUUACGAGGAAGGGUGUUAGAGUGGGAGAAUAAGAUUACCCCCAUUCUCGAUGAAGAAGCAAAAAAUAGUGAAUUUAAUGUCUGUGAUUACAGCAACAAACUUCUUGACAAACUAGCCUUAUGCCCAAAAGAAACUACUCAGUUCAAGAAUUUGGUCUCGGGGGAAAGAAAAGGAGAAGUGAGCAGACUCUUCUUAACUUCCCUCAUGCUUUCAAACAGUGGCAAUAUCCAGCUAAAAGGAGAUGACGAUAAAGCAGAGUGUAAACUACUUUCCAGAAAAUUGUUCAGUGAUGUUUUGGAGGGUUAUGUUGCAUCUGCUAGCGAAGAAAUUCCAACAACCUCGUCAAAGAGAAAACGAAAGAAUGCUCCUUCCUGAAUUUUUUUUUCAAUCACUAGAUUAAAUUUUUUUUUUUGAAUAUGUUUUGUUAAUUUAUUCGGCUAGUAUGAUUUUUAGUACUGACAUUGAUUAUUGACAUGCAGUUAAAUUUUGUUGUUAUGUAAUUAUAAUUACAAUGUAUUAUUAUAUUGUUUUCAAUUUCAUUUUACGCCUAGAAUUUACGGAAACCAGAUCUUUCAUAAAACCCACUUAUAUGAGGAAUGAAAUAUAAUCAAUAUGCAUUAUAUUUUUAAUUGUUAUCUUGUCUUAUUGUAUAUUAUGAUAUUGAAUUUUACAGCUUUUUAAAAUUGUGAAAUAUUACAAAUUAUGCCAAUUUUUAUUUCGAAAUGUGUCCCACUCGACUUAA